CACGCGCUCUACCAGACCUACCUGAUCAGGAGGAGAUUAUCAUGUGUGGUGACGGAACACCCCGAAACAGUGAUGCUUCGCUUGCGGCCUCUACUUACACGACUUGCAACACCUCUCUUAUGUAAGGUGAGUGAGUGGGAUGACAAUAGAUGUGCGGCAUGGAUACCCCAUACAUCUACAGUCGGGUGGAUGCAUUUCCGCGCAGGGACGAUGCCGAGCCCAACGGUACAUUACCACUGGGACUGCCGAGCAGCCAAGCGAAACAAGAAGCGGGAGUAUACCCGUACAUUGCACAUUCUCUCAUUCGCUCAUCCUGACCGCGCCCAGCCGUGUACCUUUUGCGACGGGUGUGUGUACUCCCCUAUUCAGCCUUGGAUUCUAUACCACACCAGUCUGCAAUAGAAUGUGGUGAGAAGACUGUCCCGCGCCGAGCCAAUGGCCGCUCUUGCGAGAAUUCA